AUGAGUGAGUUUUGGUUGUGCUUCAACUGCUGUAUUGCAGAACAGCCUCAGCCUAAAAGACGACGGCGGAUUGACCGAAGUAUGAUUGGGGAGCCAACAAACUUUGUUCACACAGCUCACAUAGGAUCAGGAGACCUAUUCAGUGGAAUGAAUUCGGUAAGCUCAAUUCAGAAGCAAAUGCAGUCCAAGGGAGGCUAUGGAGGUGGCAUGUCUGCAAAUAUUCAGAUGCAAUUUGUAGAUACAAAGGCAGGAUAACCUUGGGGAAACCUUUCCAGUUUAUGUGAUUCCAUGUGUCUUCUUUCCGGUGUCCCCUCCUUUGCCUUGGUGACUGCUUUCUGUGCUCAUGACAAGAGAAGUGAUGGCUCAUUGUUCACUCUUUGUGAUUACUCCAGUGAAAAGUUGCUGUUCUGCUCUGAUGAUGCCAUUUAUCAGAUUGGUCCAACCAUGCCUUUCAGUGGCUUGCACACAUUGGCCUCUACCCGUAUCAUUGACAUAGAGUCUUUUAGGUUUCAUAUUAGUUUUUUGUUUGUUCUAAGGCAAAGCAAAGCACGAACCUUAGCUUCCCUCACAAAUACUACUGCACAGCAUCCUGUUGCUUUUUAGUUCUUAAAUCUUUUCUCCACUCAAAUAAU